AUGCCCAUCGGACAAAAUGAAAGUGGUGUUACUUCUGGUGUGAAGUUUGUAACCUCUACCGUUGGAAACACUGUUGGUGGUGUUACAAACACUCUGGGUGGCGUAGUCGGAGCCCUUGGAAGAGGCGUUGGUGAGACGGUUGAGGGCGCCACAGGCAGUGCUGGCCGGCCCGUUGCCCGGGGCCUCGCCGAUGUGGCUACGAGCAUUGAAAAGGGCGCAAACGAUGUUGCAGGAGGCGUGAAACGUGCUGGCGAAGGAAAAUAG